GGGGCGGCGGCGGCGGCGGCUGAAGGUAAAGUCAGACCAGCGCCUGUUCCGGGGCAUCUGCGGUUCGGGGUGCCGCUUCUGUGGGCCUGUUACUCCUCAACCCUCACCCACAGCAGAACUGAGUCCAGGCUCAGGAAUUUGACUGCCUGCUGUCUUCAGCUGUCAUAUCCUCCAGCCAUGCCUGUCGAUUUUGCCAGGAAGCUUUGCCUUAACCACUCCCCUCCCUUUCACAGUUUCUUGAGCCACCAGGAUUUCAGAGGAGUCAACAAAUCCAGACUGGAGCCUCUGCGCUCGUGCCUGAAUCUUCGAAGUGCAGAAUGCCUGGACAAGGGGAAAUGGAAAGUUUGCCCCCCUGCUAGUGCUGAGAAAAAGAAGGUAGUUUUUGCUGAUAUGAAGGGUUUUUCACUCACUGCUGUUCGAAUGUUCUCGGACUUUGAGGAUGAUUUGUCAGAUCUUCAGUUUGAGCUCUCUGACCUUGCAGACUGUGAUCCACGACCUACCAAGAAUGAGAAGCUAUCUUUAGACUUUCACCUCCCCUCUGAAGAUUAUUUAAGCUUCCGUUCUCGACUGCAAGAGAACUUUGUCUGCCUUGAAGACUGUGUGAUCCAUGAGAAGUUCAUUUCUGGAACAGUAAAAGUUAAGAAUCUUGACCAUGACAAAAAAGUUAUGAUUAGAAUCACCUUUGAUUCCUGGAAAAGCUUUCAAGACAUUGAAUGCAUUUACUUGAGCAAUGCCAAUGGCUGUGUGGACAUAGACACCUUCUGCUUUCAGAUCCACCUGCCAGAAAGACUCCAAGCUCUCUCCAAGAUUGAGUUCUGUGUAUCUUUCAAAUGUGGCCAAAACGUCUUCUGGGACAACAAUAAUAAAGAGAACUACAGAAUUGUUGGUGGAGGUGGGCAGUCAGCUGGUGGAAAAACUCACCCUUCACAGGAUUUGUCUUAUUAUAACAUUAGGGGAAAAGCACAAGAGGUAGAUUUUGAACAGUUUGGCAGUCCCCGACUGGCUGACUCGAUAUUCUCCCAGUGGCAGAGCUGGGGUAGGUUUGACAGUGGUCCCUUUUGGUGAAGGCUUCUGGUCCCUGAAUGGGAAUCAGCUAAUUAUUUUAAAAUAAUAAUUUAAGUUUGGGUUGGAUGUAUCAUGUCAAUUGACUCAAGGUUUGGUGGGCAUUGCAUGAACACUGAGUAUUAAGUGUGAUGCUGUAAGACUAUAGCUUCAUUGCUCUGUUGAUUGUUGAUGAGACUUGAUCAUUUGUGACCCUGAUCUUCCUCAUCUUUUUGCUUGGCUUAUGAAGUGGCAGGGAAUGUCCAGCAUUUGGCCAACAGGAUGAUGAGGAUGUGCUUUGGAAUAAGUGUACUGUUUUGAUUAGAAUAACAUAAUACUGUACCUGAUAUUUAAAAUGUCUACUGUAGUAAACUUUUGGCCUGCUGUCAAUGACUUGCGAAAGCAGAGGUGGCAGUACGUGAACUUUGAAUUUCACAAGUCAAACUUGCACAUACAGGACACACUUGUUUAACCAUUUGACUCUUGUUCACUGCUCUGUCCAUAAUUUGUCACAUAAUAGGACAAUUAUCUUUGGCUAAUGGUGACAUGAGUGCUCCCUGCAGGCUGGGCUGGUGUUGCAGUGAUCACUGAAGUGAAAAAUGAGUUAAGGUUGCAAAUCAGGAUCACUUUCUCAGAUCUAGUGGCACACUUAAGCAGAGAAUGGAUAGCUAUUGCAUAACUAGCUCCCUGUGGUAUUCUCAGCCCUCCUGAUUGAACAAAGAGUGUUUUCAGAGUGCUUGUUUUGUUAAAUGUACAAUAACACAGUUCUUAAUUAAUGUUCUGGUUCUUAUUGCAAUGUCUUAUAACCAAAAUUGGAUCUCGGACAGAUAUUUGGAGCAUCUGCCUACCUUUGCACAUGAAGCGAUAGCGAUAGCUCAGUAUUUAUGCCAGUGAAGAGGACAAUACUCUUCAAAGGGCUGGAAGGGUCAGAGUUUUGCCUCUACGGCUUGAACUGUGGCUGGUUUGGGGUGAUGAGAGUGCAUUUUAAAUUUGCCAGUUUAUUCAUACUUCCAAUUCCGAAAUAGUGUGGCUCUGAAUUACGAAAUGAUGGCAAGGCUUUCUUCAUGUUUUAACACGCUUUGAACAGUUUUAUUGAGUGCUUUGAUUUUCAUUGAUGCUGCGAAGUGGAUGCUCAAACAAGAUUACCUCUUAAUGUUCAGCUAUCCAACGUAAGCAAAAUGAAAAAUGUAGUCAUUAUUGGAUAAAACAAUUUAAUAAACGAGACUGCUGGGCAUUUACAGACGAUGUUUGCUUUACAGUGCUUCUGCAGUGUUACGGGAGAUUGAAGUGACUCGGCUGCAUUAAGUAUGAAUCUGUUAAUUGGUUGCUGUUAACAAAAGAUUGUUAUCUUCAAACUGAAAACUUAAUUCAUGGGAGGAGGGAGGAAGAAGCUUAAAAUCUUUGCCAUUGGUACUUCUGACUCUCCAUUCUCCUCAGUUUGAUUUUGUUAAUUCGUGAACACAGCAUCAGACUGUCACUAAGAAUAGUAUGCUGUAUUGUUCACCAUGCUGCCCUGGUGAGGACUGAGCAACUGGGCUGGAUCAGCACUGACACAGGACCACCUGCGAUUGCCCACUCACUCACUAAAAUGACAUCUGAUUUCAGUUGCUCAAACAUUGUUUGGCAGUAGGUGAGGAAGAAGUAGAAGGUGUUAAGUUGCAAUAGUUUGUAGAUUGGGGUUGAUUUCAUGUAUAAUGCCGGCUGAUUUUUUUUUUGUUGAGCUGAUGCUUCCAGGGUUAUUCUAAAAAUAAAAUCUUUUUCUGAACUUGGGCUUUUUGCACUAUUUGAGGAGCCGCUGGCCGAUUAGGAACCAAACACGAGAACACAGAUGAACUGAAUGAGGUUUCUUUUGCACGAACUUCCCUGAUGGAAUGUUGAAAUCAGCACACUGUGAUGUAAAGUGAUUCUGGGAUUCAUAGGACUAAGUGAGGUGUGGCACUGAUCCCAAGAUUUGUGUUUUUCUUUUGUUCACUGGGUGGCAAAUUUGUGGGGAAAGUGCAGAAGGAACGAGAGGAAGAAUGUUUUGGGAAGGUGAAUCUUUCCAUCAAAAAAGACUUGAGUUGAUAACACUAAGAUGAGCUGUGACAUCUCCAGAGGUCUAGAACUCUGCAAUAAGUUUAUGGUGGGCACUUGGGAAAGGCUCAAUAUAGAGUUAACUCAGUGUGUAGGAGGAAAAUGCUUUCCUCAUUGGUUUUGGCACUGUGUACAGACAUUUGGUAAUGGUGUAUGAAGCAAUGAUUAUUGUCUCCUGAUAAACUCCCUGAGUGAGAUAAAAGAAAUAUUAGCUGUAACAGGGAAAGUGUUUCUGUUUUAUAACUCUGAUGCUUGCCUGUUCUGAACUAUUUAUAUUUGUUAUGCUUGCACUUGUUGAAUAUUAAAUUAAUGAUAUUUUGUAUAUUUAAAAAAAAAAUAAAGGUUACAUAGAA